AUGAAGAACUUAAAAAAAUUUCAGGUGAUCGAGAAGCUAGAGCCUAGAGAGGAGGAGUUGCACUUUCUCUCACGAGGAAAGCCACUAUUAGAAGCUCCGAAAGAGAUAAGUCAGUUUUCGUCAUCCAGCCAGAGUGAAGGACCUACAUUGGAAAGCUUACAUACCCGCUUAAAAGUGGCUGAGAGGUCUUUGUUUUUGGUUGAUAAGAGGGUGUCCAGAAUUGAGAAGGUCCUCCGAGAUAAUGGUCUCUUAGUGGAUGACGAAAAUGUUAAGCAUGAUACAGAUUUUACUGAGGUGAGUGAAGAGUAUACUACAGUUGAAGCUAAGGACAAAGGUGUAGUGGAGAAAGAUGAGAUUCACGAUAGUGCAGAUGAGGUGGAGGUUAUUUGGCCCACUGAUGUUGAGGGUGAGAAAGAAGGUGGACCUAUCUCCACGAAAUAUGUUUCCUCCUUAUGCCGGCGCGUGAAGUUUGGAGCACGUGAGCGAAAGGCAACAGAGAAAGCAAAGGCCAUAGCACACUUUCCAAAUACUUAUAGAAGGGCAAAAAAGAAACAAAAAAUAGCCUCUCUAGGUGAAGGUAGUAUGGCACUAGCAAUUAAAAAGGAGGAUUUGCCCACUCGGUUGAGUAAAUUAUUGGAGCCUAUCACUACUGCACUUAUGGAGCUCCGCAAGUUAAUUCCACUCGACAAAGAAACAUCACCCCCUAUAGAGGUAUACAAAUUUGUUCAGUUCCUUAAAUAUUCUACGUACAUAUGCAAUUUGCUAAGUCCAUAUCAUGUUCUUUGCUAA